GAGCACCGAAGAAACGAGCGGCUCUUCGGCAUGACGCUGUUGUCAAAACGCGAAAUUUUCCUCGGAGCUGCAAGUUUCACCUCGAAAAGAAAUAUUUUAAUAUCACCGUUGGUAUCAAAACAUUUCAGGAGCCGCUACAUUAAUUUCUGUCGUUUUGUUUAAUAAAAAGAAAAGGAGGUGAUGCUAGCUGCUGUUCACAAAUGGAGCAUCCUUCGACCAACGCUGAGGUUCGCCUCACUGUGAGCCAGUGUUUCCGGACACUCACCUCAUCCCCGGACAGUAAAGACAUUGUCAGGACACUUCAAACACUCCACUCCUACCUGGAUGGAGGACCAGAGAGCACAACCACCGCAGCCCAGCAGGCAGAGUUCAGGAGAGCUCACUACAGUCGCACUCUGCAGCUGCUUGUGAGCAACAUCCAGGCAGACUGGCUGCACAGCUUCACAGCAGCAGAGCGCACACAGCUCUGGGACGGUCUGUUCCUCAAAGGCCCUCCGGAUCAAGCGCUGCUGGUGCUGCUGGAGGCCAUAGGGGAGCUGAGACCCAGCAGUAAUCUGGACCACAUGGUCAGCAUCACUGAGAAGUUCCUCCAGAGUCAUCGUCUGGCCGAGCUGCUGUGGUCCUACUGUCUGCAGGCAGCUCCCUCUGACUCUCCACAGCUCAGAGAGACUCUGCUGGGACGCAUCAGCGCGCUGCCGGACCUCACCGCCAACAAGCUGCGUCUCAACAACAGACCUGUUUUUCUCCCUCAGCAGUACUACCCGUUGCUGGCCACAGAAAUGCUCACGGCCCUGGAGCGCACCUGCCAGGCGCUCAGAGAUGGCACAGACUGUUCUUUGACUUUUGUGGCUCAGGUGAUUGGGAAAGUGUGCAUCCAGGGACACAGUGGAUUGGUCCUGGCUGUGAUGGCUCCUCGACUCUCCGUCUGCACACGCUCAGACAUGGUCUGGCAGAGGGUCUGCUGGAAGCUGAUGGAGAACGUUCCUCAGCGAUGGAUGGAGAGCGUGCUCACUGGGCUGGUGCAGGCUGUCAGGGGGCCUGAUGCCUUGGGGAGGAUCAUUGGGAAUCUGGUGUUAACAAAUAAAAAUGUUCAGUUUGUCAUCACUCAUAAGCUGCUGUUACUACAAUACAAGUAUGAGAGUCAAGUCUUGAGAGUUGUUCUGGGUUACCUCGCUGCAGACAGAGAUCGUAGACCGCUUCUCAUCCAGGUAUUACGGUCUGUAUGCCAGGCCUGGGCUAACCCCAGUGCAGUGAAACACACACCUCUGGAGCAGCAGUUGUAUGUCAGCAAGGCCUUACUGCUGAGUGUGAGUCUGCUGAAAGACUCGGAGCUACAGGAGCUACGCUCAGAGUUACUUCAGUGUAUGCUGGGUGGCAUGCAGAGCCACCUCGACAGCAGUGUGGUGCGUAUCAGGCAUAUGGGCAUGGUGGUGGGAGAGUGUCUGAGCUCCCGCAUGGAUAUCAAUGGAACCAAACUCAAGUUUGAGUAUGAGCAGGAUGAAGAAACCCGUGAGCUGCUUUCUCUCAUGACUCCUGUUACUUGUGAUGAGCCAGAGCCUGAGCCUGAGCCUGUAAAUGGAGUCGACUCUCUUCAAGAGACCAGUGAAACAAUUCCAUCUACUCAGAAUGCAUCGUCGCAAAGUAAACCAGCACCUCAACCAUCAAAAGCCGAUCCAGACUCAGACCUUGAUAGUGAUGAUGAGCUCACUCCAUACGACAUGUCUGGAGAUCAGGAGACCAGUCAGGCUUCCCCACCUCGCUACCUACGAGACUGUCUGGAAAUUUUAAAGUCCUCCGAGGACUCAGUGCGCGUGGAGCUCAGUUUGAGAGCUGCAGAGAGUUUGGUGCGGAGAAACGCCUUCACAGCCAGAGAGAUCAGUGUCCAGAUGUCCAAAGUGCUUCUUCACAUGGAGGAUAAAUACAACAUCAUCGGCUUCCUGAGUCUCCGACAGGCGACCAUGGUGGCUCUCACUGUCACAGACUGUAUUCCUGUGACUCAGUAUUUGACCACAGAGUUUUACUCCUUGAACUACAGUCUUCGCCAGCGGCUCGAUAUCUUGGAGGUCCUUGUCGUAGCAGCUCAGGAGCUCUCCAAGCCAAUCACUGAAAAGACAACUCCAUCCAUUGGCCCUGCUACUACCUCUGAGUUGACCCCAUACCCGGGUGACAACCCUGUUCACUGGCAACAAGUGGUAGAAAAGCGAAUCCAAAGCAAGACAAAACGCCUCAGUAAGGGUGCCACGAAGCCUGUAGCUAUGGCGACCCCAAACCGUUACGCCCCUGUUGCCGGACACUUCUUUUUUCCUUUGCUCAGGAACUAUGACAAGCCUCAGGUGACCUUCGACCUGUUGGGCAGCGACCACUUGGUACUGGGCCGGCUCAUCCACACUUUGGGCCUCUUUGUGCACCUGGCAGUCAAUGCACCGAUAGCUGCACAGAUGGGUCGAGCUUUGCUAGACUUUGUGUGGGCGGUUCGAUACCAUGUUGACCAGAUGGUGAGACGAGGCGUCCUCUUCGCCGUCUGCUCUGUGUUUCUGAGCAUGCCCAGUCAAAACCUGCUGGUGGACCUCAGUGAUCAGCUGUUUGAGACCAGAGCUUGGCUGGCAGAUGUGGCAGAAGGAGACCCUGAUGCAGACUGCCGGAAUCUGGCUGUGCAGAGUCUGGUGCUGCUGGAUAAGAGUUUGAAGAAGCAGCUACAAGAUCCACAAACGUUAAGUCUGGAGUCGUGAUCCCAGCAUCAGCAGUGAACAAUGAAAGUCUGUACGUGAGAAUAAACACAUAUUAACAGAGAUUAUUGCACUUCCACCGGCCCCCUGGUCCUCAUAGAGACUGGGGUUGGUGGAAAUGAUGUUCCGGAUAUUUGCUGGCACCGGGGGCUCGGCCUGGUGGAAAUGGAUGAUCCCGAUGAUCCAGUGACGGAUGUCCUUCGAGCUCCGGAGCUACUUAUUGCAGGUGCUGCACAUUUUAUUUCAUUUCCUGGAACAUACAGCCAACCAGAGGAAAAGACGGGCACAUGUCUUCUUGCACGUUUGUGAAAGACUUUGUGCAUAUUGCACAUUAUAAUGCACUGCUUUGUUCAUGUGAAGAUCUGGUGUAUAAUUUAUGGACCAAAUAAGAUUAAUAAACUGAAGAACAGGCUGCCAUUUUUGUCUUAAAUUGGAAUUUUGAAAAAAAUAAAAAUAAAAAGGUAUGUUCUCAGGAUAUCCUUUUCACCAUCUUUCCUGUGCGGGAACUUGUCUCUGUACUCUGCUUGUUUGUUUGUAAAGGACAUCCUGUGAAUAUUCACGUGCAUUCUCACACAUAAUGGAAAUACUACUACUGCUGCUUCCUGCUGUCAGUGGAACAUGUUCGUCUGUAUGUUCUGAAACUAUGAAACUAUGAAAUAAAUGGUGGUUUGGUACAAGCGGCUUUGAUGAGUUUGGUUCAAUAAAUAUAAGGUUUUACAUGU